GUUCUUUUCUGGUAGAUGGCGUUGUUACACCAGAAGCCGCCUGACGUAAGCGACAUAGGGAAAGAAAUCUCAGACUCAGUCGGUAACUUAAAGUUGGAGAGCUCGCUUACCUGCUGGGUUCUGCUUGCUAAUCUACUGUGCUCAUAAAUAAUAUCCUGCAAUCGUGGACACGUUAACCGCCACGAAGGAGUUGCAUACCUUUGACUUUUAUCAGGCAGGCUUGAUUGAAAUUCGAAAAUUCAGUUGGUGGCUGUGGCGGUGAUCAGUUCUUCCCAUCGUUCUCUCGUCCCGCGUGACAUCAUUUUUUAGGUACAAAACAAAACACCCCCUGAAGGCCGGAAGUCAACCAGAGAGCAUCGUGCUUUUCUCUCUUUUUUCACGGUGAUCAGCAUAGCUGAUUUAUCCACUCUCAGCAACCUACAGAAUGUGGAGUCCAACACAUGUCCAAGUUACAGUUUGCAGAGUGAAAGGACUGUUGACCAAAGGGAAAAAUGGUACAAAUGAUGCCUUUGUUACAAUUUCUCUUGGAAAAGAGAAAUUUCAGACAUCGGUUAAACAAAAAGCCUUAUCUGAGUUAGAAUGGCAGGAAGAGUGUGAACUGGCCAUUCCUACUCAAGGGAAUACGGCAGAAAUCGUACUCACUGCAUUACAUCAAAAUUUCAUUGGAGUCGACGAGUUUUUGGGCAUGGUAUCACUGCCUCUUUCCAACUUUGAUGUCUAUGAAAGGCCAAGAACAAAGUGGUAUCCAUUAAAAAGUAAGCCGGGCCAAGAGGGGAAAAAUAAAAACCGUGGUGAAAUCGAGGUUCGUGUGGCGUUUACAGUCAAGUCGGGAUCAUUGUUGGAUCUCUCUAAAAAGGAGAAACAUAAAGGAUCAUUUGGCCACCUGUCCCAAGCUGCACAUAAUAUUGGGGGAAGUCUUAUGAGCCUGGGUAAAGAGAAAAAAGGAGGUAUCAAGAAACUAGCUUCGUCCGUCGGAAGCAAAUUGAGAUUGCCAAAAAGUGGAAGGGACGAAAAGGGUGGAGAUGGCCGUCUUUCCCGCCACAGUUCCGGUAGAUAUAGUGGCAAAUAUUCCGGUGGAGAGCCAGACCCUGGUGUUAUAUCUGAAGAUGAUGAUGAAUUCAGAUUUGAUGAGUUAUCACACAAAAGCUCUGGAAGUUCAUUGAACCUGGCCGGUGGCAGUAGUAGCUUAGCUAGUGGGCAAGGAUCGCUAGAAAACCUUGGGGGCGGCGAGUUGCUCCGGCACAAUUCAAUGAAACGUUCCGGCUCGUCAGCUACUUUGCCAAACCGAGCCAUUCAACCCUCGACUUCAAUUUCCAGUUUGGCCGUCUCCGUGACCAGCGGUGCGAGUAAGUCGCCCACCCAACAACAAAGUGAUUGGAACCAGAAAUUUUUCGGAAGCAAGCAGAACAAAGUGUCGGAAGACCCCGUCGUCAAGGAGGAGAAGGCAGGUGCUGCAAUGACAACUGCUGCUAUGGCAACGGCUGCUGCAGCUGUUUUGCAUGCCUCCUCACCGCCGUCAUUAGUGGCCGACGGAGUGCCUUCUAUCAUCAUCCAGGAUUCCUUUGUCGUCGAACAGCCGUCGCUCUCACCGUCCGCCUCGCCUCCGUCCAGCAAACUGAACAGCGGUAACGUUCCUGUUCCCAAAACUCGAAACGCCAAGAAUCAAGAAGUACCGGUGGAAGUGGACCUACCGACGGUCAUCCCCCAGGCUCGCCAACGCAAGGAUUUAGCGACCGUAGAUGAAAUUCCAACCAUGGAGGUCAAUUCCCAACCAGCAGGUGAGGAAGCCAAUGCCGAGUUUGACACUGGCCAAUCACUGUCGGCUCGACCCCGCAUGUCAGCAUCACCACCCCAUCCUUCUUCUUUCCCUGUCGGUGUUGUCAUGAAUGAUGAACAUGUUGCUCGACCACCGCCUGUUCCCAAACCCAGAAGAAGUCCACUCCCACCUACUACUUCGCUUGAGAUGUUGAAUGAACCUUCGCUUCCGUCCUCGGAUGAAUUUCCAAUAAUCCAGCAACAGCCAGUCGUUCAGCCCAGAAAUGUGAUUGACGUGAAGUAUUCUCCGAGUCAGAUUUCGCCCAUUCAACUGAAUCCUUUCGAUUCCGAGUCCGAUGAUGGACAGUAUUCGGAUUCAGACGUUUAUGAUCAGCGUUUUGAAGAUGAUGAUCGCGGUAACAUAUUGGACUUGACUUACAAUCCUGCCCAGCCGUCGAACGUGAUUGUUUUGGACAAUGUUGAAGAAUCGGAUGAAAUGAUGCUGAACGAAGACAGUGUUUGUGAGUUAUUGGAGAAAGUUAUCCAAGAGCACGAUCACCAAUCGGCCGGUCUGCCUGCGGAGGCUCCUCCUCCGAAACCAGUCAGGGCCUCCAAUGCAGUUGAACUCUACAAUGAUGAGACGAGCGAGGAAGAAGAUGAAAUACAAGAAGAGGCUCUUCCUCCGAAUUCAGUCAGGGCCUCUAACGCAGUUGAACUCUACAAUGAUGAAACGAGUGAGGAAGAAGAUCAAAUCCAAGAAGAAUCGAUCGAGGGUGAACCGACUGUCGACUUUUUCAACGAUCAAACCGUCCAGAUCAGUCCAGUUGAGAAAGUUGAAGAAGAAAUGGUGAGAGUUGCGCCGCAUCAGACGUCAGGCCGCGUUGAAGAUACGCCCAUCAAUUCUUCGCCUAAAGAAAUUCGACGCGAUCGUCUUUUUAGUUUGUUCUCUACACCCACUAGCGAAACGGACACUGAACCGAAAUCAGCUGGAGUAGUUGACUUAGAUUGGCUCGACGAUAGUAAGGAAGAUAUCAGUCAGGGAUUCGGGGGCUCCGAACAUUUGUCGGAUGGAAUGACGGCUGCCUCUAAUUCGGACCAUGCCAAGACUAUGGACAGCGCCGUCUAUGUGACCGGAGAAGACAAUCAAGCGCCUGAAGUCAGCCCUUCCAAUUCCAGCACUUUUACUAAUUUUACCGAAGCUUUAAAUCGUCCCUUGUCUGCACUUUUAUUGGCGCACGAGGCGGUCUUUACCCCACCACCCGCCACUUCGCCACUCCUUAAACCUGCCGCAGUUCAGACGCCACUUUCCGUCCAAUCUACAGCGUCCAAUCGCGCCGAAUUAUCUUGGGAUAAUUACGACAUGGCGAUGCUAAAUCAAACUCCUGAUGCUGGGACUGGCGGGGCUGGCGGACGACGAUCCAUCGUUCCAUUCGAGCCUGUCGACGAAGAGGCUAAAGCGCGACGUAAACGGAUUUCGUUGGCUCCUUGUCUGAAAACGAUGGCAUUGGAAUCGCCUUCCUGCGACCAGUCGGCUGGCUCGCCCAUCACAGAAGACGACGAGGACGAUGAUGGUGCAGGAGAACAGGCGGUUUCCGCGAAUUCCAACGAGUCGCACCGCAUGAAAAUGGCAGCUUCGUUUCACCAGCGGGUCGUGGUCGGCGAGGAUAAGCCUGCCAACAACAACACACCCCGCGAUCAUCACCGUACACCGCGUGACUCGUCUACAUCCGAGGAUCGAUUGCGGGUUUACCAGGAAAAAUCCCGAGAGGGUUUGAUUGGUUUGCUGGAAGAUCGUGAUAAUGAAAUUUCGGAUCUAAAAGACUAUAUAGACAGUCUGUUAUUGAAAGUGAUCGACACGUGCCCCACUGUUCUCCAGACGCCCGUCAAAGCCAAAACUUCUCGGAAAUAAUUUAUUUCCCCCGUCCAUUUAGAGAAAAUCACGCAAUCACAUGAGGAAUUGAUGUAAUUUUUGGGGUUUUUCUUUAAUUUUUUAUUUGUACCAUUUAUGUUUUUUUUUGUUUACACGUUCAAUGGUCCAAAUGUCCAUUCCUUCCAUAAUUCCUUCCGAUAAUAGGGAUCAUCGCUACAUUACAAAAACGCCAUUUCUCAACUUAAAAAUAGUGCGAUGAUGCUGCUUCUUGUUUGUCGAUUGGAAAAAAAAAAACAAGAACACAUUCCGACGGCGUGCCUUAUGUAACAGAAUGCUUGUUGCCGCCAUUUAUUUUCAAAGUUUCUCGCUUCAUAUACUGUGUUUCGAAUCAUAAUUUUAUCGUAAUGUUCUGUUUCUUUCCAGAUUGCCCUAUUAAUUAAUGAAUAAUACAAACAUACUGUUUUAAAGCCA